AUGAGUACCCUUCAAGAGUGCAAGAAAAGAAAAUCUAAUGCCUUAGACGAAGCUUGCUUAGAAUUGAGUGAAGGCCCAAACAAUGAAGAAAUAAUAAAAGAAGAAGUUGAAGAUGUUGAAACUCAAUUUUCAAACUGGAAAACAAACAGUGGAUUAUUAUAUGAUUUUGUUUGUAGAAAGGAAUUAGAAUGGCCAUCUUUAUCAAUGGAUUUUGGUGAUUAUAGUGAAGAAAACAUCAAAGAUAAUGUUUUAAAUCAAAUAGUAUGUGUUGGAACCCAUACAUCUAAUAAUGAACCCAAUUAUUUAUAUGUAUGUGAUGUUCUAUUCCCAUUUGAACGAUUGUCACAAGAUAAAUGUGUUUACAAAAUAAAUGAAAGCUAUGAAGGUUUUGAUUUUUGCCCAGAAAAAAAUAAAAUUACAAUUAAAUCAAAAAUAUAUCAUGAAGGAGAAGUAAAUAGAAUCCGAUUCUUACCUUUAGAUAAAAAACAUAUUGUUGUUACUAAAGCAAUUGAUGGAAAUCUACAUUUAUUUGAUAUAAAUAAACAUAGUAUUGAUGAUGCCACAAAUGCUGAUGCCCGAAAAAUGAAACCAGAAAUAUCAUUUAUUGGAAAUAAUUCAGAUGGUUUUGGACUUGAAUUUAAUACUCUGAAAAAAUAUGCAUUAACUUGUGGUAAUGAUGGAACCAUAAAUGUAUAUGACUAUAAUGAUUUAAGUGCAAAAACAUUGAGCCCAUUUUAUUCUGUAAAAUAUAAAUCAGCAAUUAAUGAUGUUUCUCCAACAAAUGAUCCAAAUCUAAUAUUAGCAUGUGCAGAUGAUGGCUAUAUUUUAAUGUAUGAUCUUAGAACUAAAGCAACAGAACCCGCUCAACAAGUUUUAGGCCAACAAGUUCCUGUCAAUGCUAUCUCUUUAAACACUUUUACUGGCCAUUUUGCAUCUGGAAGUGAUAAUGGAAAAAUUAAAGUAUGGGAUAUUAAAAAGUUUAAUGAACCUGCACAUAUCAUUCAUGCACACAAAGAAGCUAUUAUCAGAUUAAACUUUUCACCAAAUGAUUCUUCUAUACUUGCAUCUGCAAGUAAUAAUCGUUUUAUUAACGUUUAUGAUCUAAAUAAAAUCGGUGAAGAGUUAGAUGCAAUCGAUUUAUCUGAUGGACCAUCGGAACUUAUCUUUUCUCAUGGUGGUCAUACACAACCUAUAACAGAUUUUAAUUGGAAUCACCACAAAAAAUUAAAAAUGUUCAUAGGUUCAACAGCUGAAGAUAACACUUUACAAUUCUGGCAAUUAAAAACUGAAUUACUUGAUGAAGAAAACACUGUUUCUACAUCUAAUACAGAUGUAGAAUAA